AUGACAACCAUGGCGGCUCCGCGUAAGAGCUUCUCCAUUCAAGAUUAUCCAGAACACCUCAACCCUUUCCACGAGGAGGAUAACCACAACAAGAUCAGAUUUUGGACUAUUGGAAAGAAACUCAACAGAUCUAACAGCAUAACCUUUUCUGGGAUCAAAGACAUAAAAAACUCAUGGGCAUUCCGGUCGUUUAUGAAGAAAGGGAAAAGAGAAAAAGGGCAAACAAGUGAUAAAAAUGCAACCGGAAAUGAUGACAGCAGUCCAAUCGUAUAUCGACGGGCGUUACAAUACUCGUCAGCGUCCACGAUGGGCGCGCGCAGCACGGUGGCGUCACCGGAGCGCUACGUAUACGGGGGCUCGGUGACGCCGCUGCCACGCUCGCGGUUCCAGGAGCGCCUGCGCAGCUCCAGUCAACACGAGGUCAACUCUCUUAGUGGCACUCCGCGCAUGGCCCGCAGCGAGGUGACGGGGUCGCGGCUGAGUGUGGGCAGCAACAACCCGUUCGAGGAGGAUGGGCCAGUGCCGCCGGUGCGCGCGCGACGCAAGAAGAAGCGAGCCCCGCUACCGCCAAACGCCGCAGACGUAUCGAUUACGAGUGUGGAUUCAGAGUUGCAAAUAAGUGAAACCAAUGAUAGUAAAUUGUCUCAUGCAGACGUAGAUUUAGAAUCAGAGGACGUUAACCUUGACGUCGAAUUGAAAAUUGUUGAAGACGAAGAUGUUUCUCAAGAAAAAGUAAUACUUGCUAGUCCUGAUGUUGAUACCAAAGACGAAUCUGCAUCUUUAACAGAUGCUAGCAAAGACACAUCGAAAAUAGAAGACAACGAAGUUGUAGAAUGGGUAGAAGAAAACCAGCAAUUAAAUCCAGAUACCAAGAUGAAAAGUUCCGACUCCGAGGACGAUAUUCUUUCCAAAGCAUCCUUUCCUAAAAUAGACAUCGUGAAAUAUCGGCGUAACUCCAGUUUAAACGAUGACGAUAUUCGACUACGACGUGGAAAUCUCGAAGAUUAUCAUGCAUUAACUAAUAAAAGGAGUAAGAGUUUAACUAACAAUCUUUGUUCAAUUAACACAACUUACGACAUUAAUUUGAACGAAGAGAAAUCAUCUAAGGAUCCUAAUGGCAAUGAUGUUCCACAUAAGGUCGUGUGUAAACUUUACGAAGAAGCUGCUCGACGACAGAGUAUCGAAACAGUAUCGAGCACUGAAAAGGAAUUCAUGGAAAUCGACAGAGCUACAAGAGAACUAGAAAGAGAGAUAAGUAAACUCAAUUCCGCUUUGAACGAAGAUGACGUCAUCACAGAGACUGGGGCGAGGUUGUCAGUUUCAGAUAUCAAAAGAAGAUUUGAUAACAAGGAUGCUUCUUCGCCAAACCCUAUACCAAAACCAAGAAGGAGUCAUUACGGGGAUCCCGUAUCAUCUGUGAAUGGUAAUGGUGAUAUCAAAACGUAA